AUGCCGUCACACCAGCUCACCGCCCUGUCCUCCCUCCGCGUCUCCAAGCACCUCAUCCCAGCCCACAACCUGAUCCCGAACACCUCCCUCCAGCAAAAGCCCCUCCUCCUCUACCACGCCGCCUUUCCCAGCUCCAUCACCCCCGCCGAGAUCGAGUCCCACCUCGCGUCAGUCGCUGUCGUCGAGCCCCAGUGGCGCUACACCAUGUACACGCGCACCCACUUUCACUCGACGACGCACGAGGUCCUCUGCGUCAGCCGCGGGCGCGCGCGCCUUUGCUUUGGCGGCGAGGCCAACGAGAGCCGUUUCGAGCCUGUUGUCGAGACGGGCGAUGUCAUUGUCGUUCCCGCGGGGGUCGGACAUCGGCUGCUUGAGGAUCUGGAGGGGGGCUUUGAGAUGGUCGGUUCGUAUCCCAAGGGGCGCCAGUGGGACAUGUGCUAUGGCGAGGAGGGCGAGGAGAAGCAGGUCGCGACCAUCAAGAGCGUGCCAUGGUUUGAGAAAGAUCCGGUAUAUGGAGACCAAGGCCCGGCUCUGGAUGUGUAA